CAAAAGUGUUUUUAAACUACGAACUAUCGCAGACCAUAAACCUCGGAUUACAAUACGACCUUGAUGUGUUUUAUUCACUAAUACGGCGCUAUUCACAACUUGCUUGAAAUUCCGUAAAUAUUCCGAGUAUUUUAUAUGGUACCUCCGUCAAAACGUAAGGUACUUAAUAGACAGAAACCUAAACCUAUCAUAAAGUUACUGCGUUCUCGUGAGUUAGGUACAGGUCAAUACAUUGAUACCGGUCAGAUACCUGAGUCUUCAUCAAAGUUUCCAUUUGUGUGGCAAAGACGCAGUCUUAAUCCCGGUUAUAGAAAUAAAAUCUUUGCUUGUCAGUGGAUUACAAAUAAUCAUGUUGUCUACGGCACGAAAUGUAACAAUUUGGUUUUAUACGACUGUACCUCAAAUGAGAGCUUUGAUAUUCCUCUAAUAAAACCAGCCAUUUCAUAUGCCAAUCAAAACAAUCCUUGUUCUUGUGGUAUUCAUUCCAUUCAACUGAACACGUCGAAAACAUUCCUAGCUACAGGUGGAGAUAAUGUCAACCAUGUCGGGGUUUACAGACUGUCAGAAUUUUCUCCUCACUGCUUACUGUGCGACUGCCACAACGAUUGGGUUUUCGACUUGAGGUGGCUAGAUGAUACCUGUUUAGCCUCUUGUUCGCGAGAUUCAUCAUUAGCCUUAUGGCGUAUUCCGUCUUUCACUGAAUACAUUCCUAAGAAUGACAACAGGAUACACCACAGUGUCGACGCUUUAUCUGAUUCAUCUGUAUUUCAUAUCCGACGCCCUAUUGCAUACACUGUAUCUUCUACACCUGAUGAUCGUUUUCGUGCUUUAGAGUAUCUUCCGAUUCAGACGAGCCUUGCAGUUGUGUCAAUGUCGCGUCGCUUAUACUUAUACGAUGCUGUUCGUAUGGGUUUGGAUAAACGAACACGUCCAUUUUACACUUUAGUUUUGAGAGAUGCUUAUCAGGAAGCUGUCGCUCUUCGCCGUUGGCCAUCUGAACCGAAUUGUAUAGCACUUGCAACUCAUCAUUGUGUACUUUUGUUCGAUAUUCGGUGUUCUACAGCCAAGGUUGGAGCUGCGGCACGCUGUAUACUACCUCCUUUAGAUGUAUCGGGUGUUAGAUCGUUGAACUUUGCCGAAUCAAUUCUGUCUUAUGGCACUUCCAGUGGUCAAGUACAUUUUUAUGACCUUAGAAGUGAUAAUCAUUUACCAAUACAAUUAGACGUUGGCCCUGGUUGGUUGAAACCGCAAACAUGUGAUGAAUUUGAAGUACCAUCUGUUGUCUCUUCAGUUGGUUCUAUUUCCAGGUCGGUUCCACAACCUCAGGCAACAGUUCCAAGUUCUAACUGGAAUGUGCCUUCCCCACCACCUUCUCCCGCACAUCCAGCUCUUUUGCCACGUCCUUUAAAUACUGUUCGUCCUUCACAACUUCGAUCUGAAGUCAUUAACAAUGUGCGUGUUCGUUUGGACAGAAUUCAACAUCUUUUGUCGAAUUUACGUAGUCGGCGUAGUAUGUCAUUGGCUGCAGCUUUAAAUACAUAUCCAGUUGUCGAUAGAUCAGCGUUUAACUUGUCGAAUUAUGCUAAUCGUCAAAAUGAUACAAGUCAAGCAAAUAUCACUACAGAGGAUGGUAAUGAUUCUUCAUUAUCUGAAUCAUACUUCCCAAUCGAUGAUGACCUCCAGUCAACUACAAAUACUGAAACUGCAACGCUGAAUUCUAUGGACAGUACUAAUCAAAAUUCUAGUGAAUCAAAUGAAAUCAACUCCCCUUCUACUCAUGUAGUAAUGCCACGUUUACAAAUUCGUGAUCCAAAUUUAGGACCUAUUUUUUUAGGCAUGAAUUAUUUUGCCAAUAUACAUUCGGAUUUUGUAUCGUUUCCUACAUUUUUCAAUCAACGUCGAAUGUUGGCUGUCUAUACGCAUGAAUAUGAUCCGUCAGGUACACGUUUGUUCACAGCAGGUGGUCCAAUCGCUUCUACAUUUCAUGGGAAUGUUGCUGCCUUAUGGGAGUAGUAAAUUGUGUAUUUUACUAGUGUACUAGUGUCUACUCUAUUAGUCAUUGUUUUUAUCUUAUCUAUCAUCAAUGGUACGCGUGUACACAUGUUCGUACAUAAUUUCAAUUUUUAUUGACCAUUAUUAGAAUGUCUACUUACUACUACUACUACUACUUAUACAAUGUAUUUCUCUUUUACUUUUACUUUUCAUUGUUACAGAUUUCUCUCCUUACUUGUGUUUCUUCAAAUUUAUGCUUUUAUCUAUUUUUUUUUCUGUUUAUAUAUUUUCUGCUUCACUUGCUCACACACACAAAAUAAAUGUAUUAAUUAUUAUCAUUUAUUGUGGUAGGUUACAAUUUUUUUUAUUAUUUGAAUGUUUUCUAUGCUCUGUCUACUACUACUACUACUAGUUGUAGUGUUUUGUUCAUACUUCUGUGAUUUCAACUUCAACUUAAACACAGUAUUUUGAAUUUUUGCAUUCAAAGCCAAGCUAAGCUAAGCUCACCUUGUGUUGAUACUUUUCCUAGGUUUUUCCUUUUUUUUUUUAAAAAAAAAAUAUUCCUAUUUUGAAUUUCAAAUUAAUUGCAAUGUUUAUAUUAUAAAUGAUUGCCAAAAUAGUGUGUGAACUCAAGAUUUUUUCUUUUUUUUCAUUUCAUUACCUGUUGUUUACCUAUAAUGUUUGCAUCAUUCUAGAAAUAAGUAAGGUGGUGAAUUUUAUUUUGCAAAGUUUCCUUAUAUAUACAUAUGCAAUACAAUACAACAAAUACAAAAUCAAAAUUCUUCUGUAUAUAUUUAUGUACAUACUACUUUUUUCGAUUGAUGAUAAAUAAAUCAUUAUUUUUCUCUUGUUCAUUUUAUAUUACUGUUUGUUUAUAUGAAAACUGUGUUUUUCCGUUGAAAUUCAAC